AUGAGCUCUAGUCCCGCAGCGCGCCCAGCCCCAGCUGAGUUAGCUCCUGGCCUGCCCCGCCGGGCGGCCGUCAACCUGAGCACCCUGGCGCGGGGCACGGGCGUGCGGGGCCCUGCGGGCCGGCCGGUGCUCGCAUUGUUGCUGCUCCUGGCGCUCCUGGCGCUGCCCGCUGGCGCCUGGUACAAGCACGUGGCGAGUCCCCGCUACCACACAGUGGGCCGCGCCGCGGGCUUGCUCAUGGGGCUGCGCAGCUCGCCCUACAAGUGGCGCCGAGCGCUGCGCCCCGCUGCCGGGUCCCUUGCCUGGGACACCCAAGGCCUGGGCGCGUCCCCCCAGGGGCUAUCUGCCAAAGGCACCCUCUCUCCGGCGCCCGUCCCCCGCGGUGCUCUCCUGCUCUCCUCGGGGGUUCGGGAACUGUUGGAGAUGGGACGCAGGUACUCCCGCGCAGGGCUCGAACUGCGGGCGCGAACUGCGCCGCCCGAGCCCGAACUGGAGCCGCGGCUGGGCGCCCAUUCCUGGACCUCCGUGAAGCAGGACAGGGCCAUCCUGAACGCAGCCCUUGCUGGUGACGCCCCCUUGUCUGACCCAGGAGUCUACUCCUCCUCCUGGGCGAACAGCUCUGGCCAGGUCAGUGCAAGUAGCCCCAAGGCGCCGGCCUCACCCGCCAUCCCCACCCAGCAGGGCAAGGCUGUACCGCGUCGGAGCCAGAGGGGCGGGGCCUGGGCCAGCCCCUCGGACGAAGCAAUCCCACCGCGAGCCAGCAGGCGGCGCUGCGCGGCUGCUCUUCCGGGCUGCAGCCCCAGCCGGCGCCUGCGGCGAGUCCCCGCCCAGGCCCAGGCCCCGCCCAUCGCUGGGGACAUUGCAGCUGGGAGGCCCGAGGCCCGAGGCUGA